GGUUUGCCUCUUGGGCCCAGAGAGUUUCGUUUCCGAAAAAACAUUCUCCCGCGGGUAUUUUGUGAGUGAUACUGUAAAAAUACAUCGAUAUCAAUGCGAAUGCAACCAUGACAUCGCAGCGGCAUUGAUGUUGGGUAUCAAAACAACAAAGCAAUAUCACACACAUACUCCCGAGACAAAACCGAAAGAGAAAACGCAAUCAAAGAAACCGCGAGAGCAUUUAUAAAUUAUUGCAGUCCGUUCUAGCAGCCGUUCAGUCGUCCACCAAGAGAGAAUCCUCCCAAAAGAGUGUUUGUGCGCAGUUAAUCGACCCAGACCAGACCCACGGAGUUAAGUGAAACCCCACACCGUAUACCAAGCGCCAGCGGUCUCUUGAAUUAUGAAAAUCACAGUGACUGCGUCCGAUGAUCGGCUAUUCUGCUUGGACGUGUCCCACGAUCUCGAGCUGGAGAACCUCAAAGCUCUCUGCGCGAUGGAGAUCGGUGCCGAAGUCGAUCAAAUUGUCGUCCUUUUCAAUGGGCAGGAGCUGACGAACAACAAGCACUCGCUGCAGCAGUGCGGCGUCAACGAUGGGGACUUUAUUAUGCUGGAGCGAAGAAGGCCCAACAAUCGCGCAGGAGGUGCCAACAAUCCGGUGAUAAGUGGACUCGACUUUAGCAGUAUCGCUGUGCCGGGAACCAGUGGAGCGACCAGUGGCGGCAGCCCACCCUCGACCAACCCCAACCCCGGUCUGGGAGGAUUAGCAGGACUGGGAGGAGGUGUCGCCAGCAACAGUCUGCAGCAGCAACAGCAGAUGCAGAACCUAACAGACAUCCCCAUGACGGACGAAUUCAAUGUGAACUUCGAUGACGAUCCGGCGACGGUGAGGCAGUUGUUAUUGUCAAACCCGGAGACACUGGCCUUGCUGCGGGAGUAUAAUACGCGGCUAGCGGAGGCCCUCGACUCGGGGGAUCCGGACACGUUUGCCCGGGCCCUGAGGGAGCAUGUGACGGAGCGGAAGCGGCGCAACGAUCAGCGAGUGCGAAUGCUGACGGCGGAUCCGUUUGAUGAGGAGACGCAGCGUCUGAUUGCCGAGGAGAUCAAGCAGAAGAACAUUCAGGACAAUAUGGCUGCGGCCAUUGAAUACAAUCCGGAGAUCUUUGGAAUGGUCACGAUGCUGUACAUCAAUUGCAAGGUGAACGGUGUGCCGGUGAAGGCCUUCGUUGACUCUGGGGCCCAGACGACAAUCAUGAGCAAGGACUGUGCCGAGAGGUGUCACGUGAACCGGCUGAUUGACACGCGCUGGAACGGUGUCGCCAAGGGUGUGGGCACCCAGCCCAUUCUGGGCAGAAUCCACAUGGUUCAGCUGCAGAUCGAGAACGAUCAUUUGACGUCCAGCUUCACCGUCCUUGGCCAGCAGCCCAUGGACAUGUUGUUGGGUCUGGACAUGCUGAAGCGUCAUCAGUGCCUCAUCGAUCUGCAAAGGAAUCUGCUGAUAAUUGGCACCACCGGAACGACGACACCAUUUUUACCCGAAAGCGAGCUACCGGUUGGUGCCCGGCUCACGGGCAAUCCAGAGGAACAGGCCGAACAGCAGGCGAUUGCCGAGGCCAUGGAGCAGAGUCGGAAAGAGGGUGGUGCAUCCACCUCCACCACCGCCUUGGCAGGGUUCGGGGCGAAUACCAUCCAGCCAAUGGAUCCGUUUACCGAGCAGGAUGUCAGCGAUCUCAUGGCCCUCGGAUAUCCGCGCGGCGAUGUUCUCAUUGUGCUGAAGCAGUGUGGCGGCAAUAAGCAGGUGGCCAGAUCCCUGUUGCUUAGCCGCAACGAGGCAGCCGGUGGCGGACUUAGCUGAACUCGGGCUGGAGCCCCAGCAUCCCCACCUCCACCCCCAAACCCGUGCUCUGCCUAUCUCACGACAAACCCCACAGCCACCUCCUACGCAACACAGUUCACUCCUCUGGGAUCAAUUGUAACAAGAUCAUGAAAACCAACAUUGCAGGAUUGCUAAGGAUAUGCUGACGAACAAUCAUAGCCAGCCAGCCAGCCAGACAGACAGCCACUAGAUUCCGUUUUAACGAAAUACUCCGAGCAAUACCAAAACAAAAAUGGAAAAUGGAUAAAAUUAAAUUUGUAAUUUAGGAAAAUUUUUGUAAGCUAAUAUGCCUCUUUUUUUAUAUGAAUCGUUAUACACAAUAGAUAAAUAGUAGGAUUUGAAUGCAUUUGGGCGACUGCUACAUACACAGACACGGCCACGGAUACGGACACCUCCUUCAAAACACUUAAAACUUGAGGACUAGGGUGUGUGUUUGUGUGUGUGGUUUUUUUAAGAGAGAAUAUUUAAGAUGCAAAUGCAACGAGAGAGAGAGAGAGAGAGAGAUGGGGUAAUGGGAAUGGGAAUGGUAAUGGUAAUAGUAAUGGAACCAGUACGGAACCAUAGCAACGAAACUGAAACUAAAUAUUGAAGUGCAGCAAAAACAAAAUAUAUACCGAAAAUAUGCCUGACUAUAUAUAUAUACACAUAUAUAGUAUAUAUACACAUUACACACACAAACAUUAUAUACAAAUUUGAUCUAGUAUUAAGAUGGACGCUCUUUUAGGUGGGACGAGAUUAUGUUAAAGGGCAAAGCAAAUGUGAAAUGAUGGAUUUUUAAGAAUAAAAGAGUCGAGAAUU